AUGCAUUGGGGAAUACCGAAGUACAUCAUUUGUGAUAAUGGUGCCGAAUUUUCAGGUAAACUGGUUAAACAGCUAGCUGAUCAGUAUAAAAUCAAAAUUCUUUACAACGCCAGCAGACACCCUCAAGCCAACCCCACCGAGAGAGUAAACAAAACUCUGGGAAAUAUGCUUAGAGCUUAUGUUGGAAGCAAUCAUCGGCAUUGGGACAAGGAGACACCAAAGAUUGGAUUCGCGUUAAGAAGCGCCAUACAUGAGUCAACGACUUACACUCCGGCCUACCUGAACUUUGGCCGAGAGCUGAACAUCAACCUUGAAGAAAACGAUGACACAGGUGAAGUGAUUCCAGAAGUAGAAGACAACAGGGACUACGGGAAGAAACUGGUAGAAUUAAAGAAGAUGUAUCAGGAAGUUCAAGAAAGGCUUAUUCAAAAUCACGAAAAGAAUGCAAAACGCUAUAAUCUCAGAAGAAGACCAAUGGACUUCAAAGUCAAUGAUCGAGUGUGGAAAAGGAACUUCCCGCAAUCGGACGCAGCCAAAGCAUUUUGUGCAAAAUUAGCACCCAAGUUUACAGGUCCUUUUAUAAUAUAA